AAUCCUAAAGUUCUGAAAAAGUUUCUCUGUUUGGGUUGUUCUGUUUCUCGCCGCCGCAACACAUCGUCGCCGCCGUCGCAUCGCCGUCAUCGUACCUUCAUUUCAGACAGGAACGAACAAUGGCGAACAAGAUUGCGAUGCUUUUAUCGGAAGCGAUGAACAGCAACGCUGUGAUAAACACUUGUCUUGGAGUAUCGUUUGUUGUUUUGGGAUUGAGAUCUGAUAAGCAGCAAAAGUAUGUCGAGGCCUUACAGGAGCAGAAGGAGUCGCUUCUCAAGUCGAAUAAAGAAAUGAAAGUCACAAUGUGGGAGUGGAAACAGCAGCUCUUUGCUGAAGCAGCCACCUCCUCUGCUUCUGCGGUUGUUCCUCUGUCCACGCUUAAGGGCAUUUAUGGCGAAGUCACCACUACCACUCAAUCUGGUGACACAGUCAAGGAAGACCCUAAAGUGUCUACACCUACGAUCAUGGUUUGAGAGGUUGUUAAAUUUUAUCGGUAGGUCGUUUCAGUUAAACCCAGGGAAGUGAAGAUUAGCAUUUAGUCUCAUCAUUUUGCAUAAAUUGCAUUUUGUAAACUAGUUUGGCAUCAAUCCUGUGUUGUUGUGAUCUUUUUUUGUUCCUGGUAGUAAGUAUACAGUGAAGCACUCCUAAAAUAAAGACAAGAUCCUCUUUUU